AAGAGACAACCUGCGUGUGCGUUCGUUAUGAAAAUUCAUUAAUUCUUUUUCACCGCGAUUCUGAAUGACUGUCAAGUUUUCGGCUUAAUUUGCACAAGAAGGGACGGAUUUCUUCGCAAAAUUUUUUUUGUAAAUUUUCAAUAAAGUUCGUACAUUACGGGAAAUGAGUUCAAAAACCUCAAAGGGAGCCACAGAGGGCAAAAAAUCCAAGGAAAUUUCUUCGCUGGCUAAAUUGUACCUCAUUCUCUACAAUGCUGGGCAGGUUCUGGGAUGGAGUUGGAUGCUAUAUCAGCUUUUAGCUUACUACACGGUUGACCGAGAUUCCGGAAAGACCCUCUGGGAAUACAUCUCCCUAACAGUGAUCAUUUUUCAGAAUGCUGCUGUUCUUGAGAUUCUUCAUGCAGCAAUUGGAAUUGUUCCCAGCAAUGUCAUUAUCACCACAUUCCAGGUGCUGUCGCGUGUCAUGGUUGUCUGUGGUGUGGUGAUGGCUACACCAACGGGGAAAGUUUCUCCGGGACUACCUCUGGCCCUGCUUGCGUGGUCAGUUACUGAAAUCAUUCGUUAUGGGUACUAUGCCCUCAAUUUGGUCAACACCGUGCCCCGACUGGUGACAUGGCUGCGCUACACUACCUUCAUUGCUCUCUAUCCAAUUGGUGUCACCGGGGAGCUCCUUUGCUUUUACUGGGCCCAAGACUACGCCCGAAGUCAUGGGGUGUGGUCCGUUGAGAUGCCAAAUCGCUGGAAUGGGACUUUCUCUUACUACUACUUCCUCUGGUUCGUCAUGCUCCUCUACAUUCCACUCUUCCCCCAAAUGUAUCUUCACAUGUUUGCACAGCGAAAGAAGAUCCUAGGAGGUGGAGCCGCUGCCAAGAGCAAGAAGCAUUGAAUAAAUCAUUAGCGGAUCAUUGAUUUUGGUUCUGGAGCUACUAGCUUAGAUUAAUUCUUUAUUUCUUGGGAUGUUUUUCUUGUAAAUUAAAUGGCCAGGUUUUUGUACUUUUUUUUAAAGCUUCCUCACGGAUAUUAAUACAACGAGAUUUGGUUUUUAA